CUGCUUUCAGGGUGUUUACUUCAGUCUGUAUGAAGUAGAAAUAUCAACUAAGGAUCAAUAUAAAAUGGAUCGGUUAGUAGAAAAUCUAAAGGAAAAGGACUUGGCAAUCAUCAAAUAUUUACAAGACCAAGGAGCCCUUAUCCUCCUCACUUCCUCUGCCUUGGCACGAGAUGAUGGGUUUGACCCCAAGGAGCCUGACAGCCUCCUGGCCCUGUUCCUGUUCACCUCAUCCCGGUCGGUGUGCCUGAGAGCUGAAGAGCCCGAUCCAAAAAGUGAUAGAGAAGAUGGUGACAAUAAUGACAUCUCAUUAAAAACCACCUCAGUUUUGCCUGGGCUUCGCUAUGCCUUACAGAAAGCCAGUUCUUCGAGGGGGGACACAGUCAAUACCAGCAUACGAAUCAAACAGCACUUCCAGGAAUAUGCAAAGCUUGAUCAAAAUACACAGCGCACCUCUGGCCAAAACAGUGAAGUUCCCCUUUCCUCUGUCCUCUCACCAAGUGAGGAUGAAUGUACUAAUCCCUUCAAAAAAAACUCAGAGCACUCCUUCUCCCAGCUGCAGUGUUAUCUCUCCGAUCCCAGCAGCUAUACUCUGGAAAUGUCAGCUGCCUUAGGAUGUUUGACUGGGGCUGUUCAGUCUCUUUGCUGCGAUUCGGUGGCUGGUUGUAAAGAGGAUUUCUCUUCAGCUGCACCACCAGACCCUGUUCCUCCCAACAGAGCAAGAAAAGUCGGAAGUGAAAACCUGGAGCCCACAGCGGGGCUGGACAAGAGUGAUGAAGGUCCCACAAAAGACAUCAACUCGGCCAGCAAGCUGUGGGUGCAGCAGAGCAGGAGGAAAUCCAGCCGAACUAUUGUGGCCAGGAAGAAAUGGUCACCCCUCAAGAUGCAAAAGCAUCCUGUUGGAGACAGUGGCAAAACCAGGAAAGCAACCAAGAAGAAGAAAAUCUCUUUCUCUUUUCCUAAAAAGCCAGGGGUCAAGGCCAGUUCCAACGAGCCCAUGCUUAAAUUAGCCAAUUUGCAGUUUCCACAUAGAAGGAAAAGAGGUGCGGAGGUCCUGUCUGCAGAAUUUGUGCACAAAACACAGUUUGAACCUGUUCAGAAGGAAACCUCAGAUCCCGAUGAUCCUAGCUUGGAAACAAAGAGACCAAAGACACUGAAGAUUCCAGUCACGAAAAAGGUUCCUGUUGCUGAGACCAUCACGAAGCCCCUGCAGUGUAAGAUGUGGGAAAGUGUGGCUAACAACCCAUCAAAACCUCAAGCCAAAAAACGAGCAGAAAGUGAGUGGAAAGAGCCAUUCUCUGUCCUCCCGAGUGAAGUUGCUUCUCAAUGCCACGGAGCCAAUAGCCGCACGAGUGAGACUCACCCAGGAGGGGUUGCUGAUCUUGGUUUCGAUCUGAAGAAUGACUACAAGUCCCACGCCUUGAACUUGCUGGCUGAUCUAGCUCUGGGUUCUUGUGUUCCUUCGUUUAUCCCCAGGGACAGCAGGGUGUUUGCUGUGUCCUGCAGCCCCUCCAGCAACUCUGCAAAGGAGCAGCAGAGUCAUCACAAACACAAAUCCUUGCGGGUUGCUUCCGACCACGAAUACCACCGGGUGGACAAGCUCGCCAAGGGAGCCACCUCUACUAGCAAAGCAUCACCAAACCAGAAGGUCCCUCCUGAUGAGCAAAGAGACUUAAAUAAUGUGGUCUCUAUUCCCAGGGAGAAAAACCCUGGGAUUUUCAACAAGAACAACAGUGUGAGCCCCAGCUCUGCGAAUGUAAAACCCCAUGCAUUGCUCCCAGCAGAGACUCAAGAAGCUGCUGAGGUAAACAAGCACUGCUUCAUCUCCGCCGAGCACUCCUACGCCUCACAGAUGCCUGAACACUCCAACAAACACUUGUAUCAUGGAGGUGUCCCCUACCCUGGCCUAGUACCCUUCAGAAAUGGAACCGGGAACCCCCAGUCAGGAGUCCUGAUUGGGAAAGUCCUGCCUUUCCGCCACCAGCAGAACAGCACCCAGCUGCAGCGGGCCUUCCAGGCCUUGGCCAUGAGGCACAGGAGCAGCCUGAUCUCCCCCAGGCAGAAGGAGGAUUUCACCAAGUCCCACACGGUGAACAUCCAUGGCAAGUCCAUGAAGGUGACAUGCCACUGGGAGGCAGAGUACCUCUUCAAUCUGGACAGCAGGUACACCAACGAUGCCCUGGAGAGAACCGUCGUCCGCGCCCUGCACGGGCCCUGGGACACUGAUCUGCCCCAUGACAUGAAAGAUGUGAAGCUGAUACUUCAUAUGUGGAUGGCUCUCUUCUACAGCCAACCCAGCAAACUCCUGAGCAACACGAGGAAGGUGGUGAAGCACAGCAACCCCGAGAAGUAUGUCUCAAUACACAGCACUGGGGACUUUCUUGAGCUGAGUGAUGAUGGUGAGGAAUGGUUUGAGUUGGAGACGUGCCCUGCAGACUCUCGGUCAGACCCUGACCAGACUCCCAGCAGCUCUCUGGAUAGCACCACAGAUUGCCAGGGAGUUUUCCACCCAGAGGAGAGCCCUGCAGACUCUCAGACUGACACUGAUGGGAGUGCUGGUCUUGUUGAUAGCACUGUAUCAUCCUCUUCAGGGGAGCUGUCCUGUGGGGAGGAAGAGCCUUCCUCCACAAGCUGUUGUGAGAGCCUUUCCCUCGCUGAUGAGAGCCUGGCUGUGAAAGACAAGCAGCUGGCAGUCAUUCCUGCGGAUUGUGUGUGUGAUGUCUUGACCAUCACUGCGGAGGAGCUGCUCAGGGAGGGACUGUCGGAUGCUACGAUGGCCCCCAGCCCUUCCGAUGAGCUCGGCCAUGCCAGCAAGCCCAAAGAUGCACUGGGCAGGGAAAACCUGUGCAGCCAAACUCCAAAUUCCAGUACAUCUCCCUGGAGCAAAGCACCGGCUGCGCUGGGUGGACACAGAGAGCAGGAGAAGAGAGGGUGGGCAGCAGGGUCAGGGGGUGGCCCCGGCCCUCCCGAGGAUGGGGAGAGCAUGAGAGACUCUGGGCACCGUAUGGAAGUUGUGGAUGGCAGCCGGGCCCCCAGUGAUGGGCCUCAUGCCUGUGAUUUGAUGUCCUUAGAAGCGAGUCCCAAAAGUGCAAAGCCUGAUGGAGCCAGUGGGGAAGGCAGGGAAUCACAAGACCCCUUCAGACAUCCAGAAAAAAAGGAAGAAAUGAAGGCGGGUAAAAAAGAGAAAGAGGACUCUGAAUAUGAAAGCACAGUCCUGCAGCCUGUUGAUUUAGAAUUUUCUGAAAGUGGUGAUGCCAACACAGAGCACAAACACAGCGAGCAGAAGCAAGGGAAUUUGGUAUGUCCAAAGGACUUUGGCAUUCCCAGAGAGGGCCCUGUGCCCACCCCCACUGCCAUAACAUCCCCCCGCCCAGGCAGAUCAACACCAGUGCUGUCAGAUGGGACUGGAACUGGCCCUCGGGGGCUUCCUGGUGAGGUGGCACCAAGCCUGGACACACUGCAAGAGCCCCGGGAGGCUCUGGCUGCCUCAGGUGCAGAGACAAACAGUGUUGGUUUGGCACACGCAGCCAGUCCAGCCGACGUGGGGUCACCUCGUGACAGCAAGUUGAUGCUGCCGUUACAGGCUGCUCCCAGCCUUGUCUGUGGGAUGCAGCCAGACAGCAUCACAGGCGACUUGGGACCUGCUGGAGAGACGCUCGGGAAUGGCUUAGUACAGAAAGAUGACGAUCGUGCGCCCUCUGCAGAAAAGCAGGCGCCUGCUGGGAGCAAAACUGCCAGCACAGCUCACCUUGAGCCACUCUGUACCCAGGGACUGUCUCUAACUUUGUUGCCCGACUCCAGCUCUGUCUUCCUCACAUCUCUGGAUGAAGCAACAGAUUCCGGGGCUGCUGCAGAGCACCAGGAGGCCACGGCAAGCAUCCAGUCUCCAUCCCAGAGCGGCUUGGGAGGGAGCAGCUGCAUUUCCCAAAGGUGUGGAGGCGCUGUUUGUGCUGACCUCACUUCACUGAGCACCAGUGAAUCAAACCCAGAAAGGAACACGGUUUUGGUAGAACAGUGUAGCAGCCCUUCUGGCAACCACCCAGGUGUGUGGGAUGAGUCCUCUGGAGCAGGUGAUGGCCAGGGCUUUACCUUGGACUUCACAGCCUUAGCAGGUGACUCUGAAGCUGAGGAGAGCGAUGGUGUGUGCCUCGGGAGUGACAAAACAAACACAGGGAUGGUGGCUAACACACCACAGGAGCCAGAGACCUCUCUUCAUCACCUCCUGGAAUCAGAGCCCUCCUCCUCGGUGAGAGAGGGGAUGUCUUCCACGAAGCAGCCCUCCAGGCAGCAGCAAAGCUCUGCAAACGGUCUGUCCUCACCUGCCUGUGGAGGCUCAGCUCCUGCUUCUCCCCGCAAGCGGGACCCUCUCCCCCAUGGCAAAGACACAGACACCCCCCGCCACUCAGAGCAAAGCAAGCACGGGCCAGUCCUGUGCCAACCCAGGAAGCCCUGCGAGCAGGCAGCUGCUGCAGAGGUGAGAGUGGCUGCUGAGAGCCCAGGCUGCUCCUCAAAGCCCAGAUAUGCAGAAGAGGUGAAAAAAGACCUGGGUCAGUGUCGUGCAGAGCCAGUGGAGAGCUCCCCUGUGGCUGUGCUCGUGUCAGGUAACGUGAGCUCGCUGCCUCUUUCUCUUCCACACAGCCACAAGGCAGGUCUGCACAGCGUCGAGCCGGACUCGGUCCUCACCGUGCACCCAAAAACGUGUUCCCGCAGCGUGAACCUGGCUCCAGAUGGUGCCCCAAGGCCCUACUGUGUGGGACAGCUGCCACCAGGCGCCUGCUCUGGGUGUGCCAGCCCCGACGAAAAAGCAGCAGACAUGGCAGUGAGCUAUGAGAAGGAACCUAUCCUGCAGGAAGAUUCAGAAGGAGGAAGCAGCAGCCCUCUUGCCAGUCCUGCAGCUUUUUCAGAGGGGGAGUUGCUCGUGUCACUGUGCCAGCCCCAGUCUGCGUGUAACCACGGUGAGGCUGAGGCAUCCGAUGCAUUUCCUGAUCUGCACGGUGCUGGUGUGGAGGUGGGAGAGGGAGGAAUCCCCCCUCUCCCUUUCCCAACAUGGCCAUUACGUGCACACGGGAGGCUCGCUGGAGAAAGCCUGGAGCUUAGCGAUGCUGGAGAUCUUCCGAGGGCAAAGCAGCUCCCCAGCAAAGACAGACACAUGGGCUUGACCUCUGAAAAUCUGUUUGAGACUUUCUCCAGCAAUUCAAACCAGGAAUAUUCUGGGGGGACUUCACAGUCCCUGUUUACAGCCGGGGGUUCCUACAGCACGAGAUCCAGGGAUGCUGCAGGCACAAGGACUAACUGCAACUCCUCCUCCGCGAGCUCGGGGCACGUGGAGGGGUGCAGUGAGGAUUGGGGCUCGCUGGGCUGCUCGUGGGCUGAGCCAGGCUGGCCCGUUGGCCCAAGGGAAACCAACAGCGGGCACGUUCCACCAUACGUCAAUAUUAGGGACAGCCAGGGGGUCGUCAGGGUCUACCAGAACUUCGUGGUCACCAAAAAGUGCCCAAAAGAGAGGGGGGGAAAUUCGCAGCCUUCCAAGGGGCACAGCCACGGUGCUGGGCAGUCUCAUUUGUUAAGGUCACUGAUGGGGACUUGGAGGGGUUUUGAGGAAAUCACCCAGCACACUUUGGACAUGGAAUGUCUCCGUUUCCAUUAUAAGCUAAAACAAAUCCUAAGGAAUGGGAAACCACCCUUUUCUACCUCCAAAAGCAUCUUUCCACAAGACUUUUCUCCCCAGGUGAUGUCUGAGACAUUGCUUGUGCGAGAAGCUCCCAACCUCUCCCUGCAGAGCAGGAGCCCUCUGCGGGUGACACUCCUGCCCUCGGACCCGCGGCCAAGCGGGCUCAGCCAGCCCCGGCGACGCAGCUGGCGUGGGGACCCGUGCAGCGACACGAGGAGCAGGGCCCAGACCACGAGCCAGGGCCGUGCUGCUCCCUUCCACCUCAGCCAGCUCAAGCACAAAAAUAAGCUAAAGGACUUGCAGGGGGACAUCGCCGUCAUCCUCGACGAGUACGCCAAGUUGAACAGGGCGCUGCUGAGCAGGGCUGAGGCGGGGAGCCGGGGUGCGGGGCCGGCGGACGGGGAGGCGGCGAGCGAGCGGUUGCGCGCGUCCCUCCCACGCAGGGUGGCCACCUUCGAGGAGAUGAUCGCGGAGCUGUGCAGCACGCUGCGCUUCCGCCUGCUCAGCGUGGCCAAGGAGGCCUGCAGCCCCCCCGGCAUGUUCUACCUGGUGGAGACGGGCACGGACCCUUUCUUUGCAAGAGUGAAGACCUUGCUGAAGACAGACGGCCGCGUGGAGAUCGAACCGCCGAGCUUCUGCGAUGCGGAACGCCUGGGCGCUGACCGGCUGCUCGUCGUCAUCAGGAACGAGGACAUUUCCUCACACAUCCACAACGUCCCGUGCUUGCUGAAGCUAAAGCACUCUCCGAACGUGGUGUUCGCCGGAGUGGACAGCCCCGAAGAUAUAACAGGUCACACGUACCAGGAGCUGUUUCAUACCGGUGGCUUCGUGGUGUCAGACAACGAGGUGCUGGAAAUGGUAACGCUGGGCCAACUGAAGGAGGUGGUGAAGUUGCUGGAGAAACUGAACAGAAGCGGGAGGUGGAAGUGGCUCCUUCACUACAAGGAGAGCAAGAAGCUCAGAGAGGACAUCAGCAGGGUGGAUGCUAACACCCACAAGAAGCAUUUGAUCCUCAAAUCGGGCCAAGGAGCCGAUCUCAUCGAGGUGCUGCACUACCACGCCUGCGACUCCGGGGGGUCCCCCAAGGCCGAGUACAUCAGGUGCUUGUUAAACCUCCAGGUUCAGCACGUCAGCGCCAGGUUCGCCGUGUAUCUCACAGAAAAGCCCAGCAUCAGCAGGGAGGUCCUUGAAAGCAAAGGAAUCCUCGUGGCUGACGUCAACACGUUCCUUGAGACGAUGCAGGAGGCAGCUGCUCCCUUUAGAAGAAGCUACUGGUGACGAAGCGAAGCCGCCGCGUGGCUCCUCCCCGGGGCCCUGCAGUGCCAGUUUGGGCCUCCUGGGCCUCUGCAGGCCACAGCCCCGACAGCCCAGUGGGUUUUGGGUGCUGCACCCCAGGAGAGGCGGCGGGGGAAGGUUGAUUCUAGUUCUGUAUAUAGAAAUAAUUUAAAGAUGGCUAACGCAAUUCCUGGCGGGGGGUUGACUCCCCGCCCCCAAGUUGCAUAUAGGACAGAGAUUAUUUUAACGUUACACGGUUCUAAAUUAUUGGAGUGUUUUCAAGUGAGUAGUGCAGCUGACAUCGGAAGAAAUAGGAAAAUAAAAAAGCUGUUUACUUGAAGUUUAGGAGCGAUACGAGUCCAUGGUAAUAAAGGCACUUUCCAGGUGGCUGUUGCUGUACCUGCAGGACACGGGCCGCGGGGCACGUUUCAGCCUGCAGCAGUCACUCUGCACUACAUUUCAAAUCACCCCUGUUGCCUCUUGGUACCAUUUCACUGCUGGGACUCGAGCGCAUUCCAGCACCUGGAAGUAGCCAGACAACAGGAUGCAGGAACAAACAAAAAAAAAUUAAAAUAAAUAAAAUUAAAAAAAAUCUUUAUUUAUGGCAGC